AACCCAAUUGUACCUUAUUACCAGAAAGUUUUCAAGGUUAUGCUUUCGAAAUUCUUGCAUCCCCACACGCAGAGAGUGGGGCAGUGGUUGAUCGAAUACUGAUCGUACGAAAUUGCGCCCAUUCACAGUUACGCGAACCGUUACACCGGCAGGAUCGUAGUGAGCGCUGACCGAGCGAUAUGACCAACUUACAAAUCUUUACACCCAUUCUGCCCUACGUUGGACGAUUGCCGGGAGAGUUACGAUAUGGGUCCAGAAUUAAGUUACGAGGUCACUUCCGCGAACCCCAGAACACGGUUCACAUCAUACUGCAAAAGGAAGCGCUGCUGAAUCCUCAGGAUGACCUACCGCUGUACAUUACGGUGCAUCCCGGCCGGAAGGAAAUCGUUCGUAAUCAUCUCUGCAGCGAUUGUUCCACCGGGCAAGAGGAACGUGUCGACAACUGUCCGAUCGAGUGUGGUCAAGAUUUCGAGCUCACUGUCGUGCCCACCAGUGGUGGGUACGAAAUUCUUCUGCACGGUGCACCGCUACAUACAUUCAGCUAUCGUACACCCCUCACAACGGCUCGCUAUCUGUUCGUGUCCAGUGGUUGUGUCAUUUUCGCAAUUAAUUACGAAAAUUGGAAUGUGACCACGAGUGAGCAACCGCACCGGCCACAAACACCAUCACCACCACUGCAACUGCCCCAGCUCUACCCCAUACUGCACCAACACCGGGAGGAACCACAACAACACCAGCAGCAACGAUCGAUACAAGCUCGGCAACAACCUCCACGACAGCAUCACCAUCACCAUGGCAACAAUCUCCAGGAGCUGGUACUUCAGGUGUUACCUCUUGUGCAGCUGGCAGCAUCUCAGCUGCAAGCGAAUGCACACAAUUCUCCCGCCACCGGUAACGAUGGAAACGGUGCGAGGCUUGUCAGCAAUCUUGCUCACCUUCUGCCACUGUUUCAACCGGCCGUGGAACAACGCAGGAAGCGCGUCAAGUCGCCGAGAACCAAUCGGUGGUCCUUGCCGCGGAUGAACAAUGCCGAAAUUAUGCCGGCAAUGUUUCUGACAUGUUCGAUGGGCCUGAUGAAACUGUUUCGCUUCCUGAUAAUUGCCUGCGUUUUCGGAUACAUUGGAUACGUAUUCUCAAGAAAUACGCCAUGGAAUGUGUCAUGGAAAUAGAGCGCACGGAAAUAUACUUUGUGAAGUGCAUAACUACAAAUACAACGCACUGCACACUAUUGUUAACGUUCUUCAUAUUAAAAUGAUUUCAUUAUUAAUACCUUAAUAAACAU